AUCUCUCCUGGAACAGAGUAAGUGGAGAUUGAGAGAGGAAAUGUUCUCUAAGCCGAAUGGACGGAGUUUCAAACAGGGCUCCAUGUACCUGGAGGAGCAGGUUCAUAAAUCAGGCGUGUUGUCAUGUAUUUUCUCUAUGAAAGAGGGUGUAGGACAGCUGCUCAAAGCCCUCGGGCUGUUUGAGGAAAUGGGAAUCAGCCUGACGCACAUCGAGUCACGGCCAUCACGCAUGAACAAGGACGAGUAUGAGUUCUUCCUCAGCGUGGACCCUGCAUGCUCCCAGGCCCUGGACGAGGUCCUUGACAAGCUGCGCACCCAAAUCAGCGGUCAAGUGCACGAGUUCUCACGCAGCAAGCAGAAAGAUACAUUGCCGUGGUUCCCCACAAACAUGCAGGACCUGGACCGCUUCGCCAACCAGAUUCUGAGCUACGGGUCGGAGCUGGAUGCUGAUCACCCUGGAUUUAAGGAUGAAGUCUACAGAGCCAGACGAAAGGAAUUUGCUGACAUCGCCUACAACUACAGACAUGGUCAGCCAAUCCCACGUGUGGAGUACACAGAGGUGGAGAAGGCCACAUGGGGAACUGUGUUCAGGGAGCUGAAGACCUUGUAUCCCACUCACGCAUGUCGUGAGCACAACCACGUCUUCCCUCUGCUGGAGGAAUACUGCGGCUACCGCGAGGACAACAUCCCUCAGCUGGAGGACGUCUCUCACUUCCUGUCCUCAUGCACCGGUUUCCGUCUACGCCCAGUGGCAGGGCUGCUGUCAUCUCGAGACUUCCUCGCUGGUUUAGCCUUCCGUGUGUUUCAUUCCACCCAGUACAUCCGGCAUGAAUCCAUGCCCAUGUACACACCUGAGCCAGACGUCUGCCAUGAGCUGUUGGGACACGUUCCUCUGUUUGCGGACCCUAGUUUUGCUCAAUUCUCACAGGAAAUAGGCAUGGCAUCCCUUGGAGCUCCUGAUGAGUACAUUGAGAAGCUUGCUACAGUUUACUGGUUUACUAUAGAAUUUGGGCUUUGUAAGCAAGGCAACGACUUUAAGGCCUAUGGAGCAGGUCUGCUCUCAUCAUUUGGGGAACUACAGUACUGUUUGUCUGACCAACCAAAAAUCUUGCCCUUUGAGCCAGAGAAGACCUGUUUGCAGAAAUACCCAAUCACUGAAUUCCAGCCGAUCUACUAUGUAGCUGAGAGCUUUGAGGACAGCAAAGAGAAAGUCAGGAAGUUUGCUGCCACCAUUCCAAGACCAUUCUCUCUGCAUUAUAAUGCUUACACCCAGAGCAUCGAGUUUCUAGACAACGCAAAAAAACUGUGCAACCUGACUAACAGCAUCAUUAGUGAGAUGGGGACCCUGUGCACUGCUCUGAAGAUGAUGGAGUAGAACAACUGUAGAACCAUGAGCGAGAUCUUGAAGAUAUCAGUGAUUUAAAGAGACAGUGAUGUGUUUUAUAAAUCAUUGCACAAAAGUCCAAUUCUUGUCUGAAUGAGUUUGAGACCUACCAUGCACUCAUACAGAGAGGAGUUUGAGAAGAUAUGAAGUACACUUGUGAAGUGUCUUGCUGUUAUAUCUGCAGUAAUCGGUGUAGAUAAUAACACUGUAGUUAGUGGGUUUGACUAUUAAAUAAUUUGCAUGUUUUAAUGUUUUAAUCUCCUUGAUUAAUUUGUAAGACUUUCAAACCACUUCUGAAUCUUAUGCAUACUUAUUGUGUUAAAUAACCUACAUCAUUAUGUUUAUUCUUUUAAUUUAAUUUGCAAUACUUGCUAGAGUUAAUGAUCAUUUUAACUAAAUGCGCGAUUUUAACGCCACUGUGUUCAUUCUUUAAUCAAAGGGAAAAGAGACGUCCUUUACAAUUCCAGCUCCAUCACUGUACGCUUCCUGAUUUAAUAGGAGACCUGCACGUCCAUAUUUCACUUCAGAAGCAACAUUUCAAUUUUAUUAUUAUUAUUAUUAUUAUUUAUUAAUCACUCAAGCGUACAAAUCGCGCAGUUUUCCCUGAACAUUCUUCAGACCUGCAGUCUGAUCGGGCAUUGAGCAGAUAACCAUCUGUCAGUAACCAGGACCUCAAAAUGAGUGACAGAAAUGUAAUAACUCUAAUGUGGCUGCUUCAUGUUCUUUAAUAACUGUUCGAUAAAUAGAAAUAGAGAUAUAGUGAAUAAUAAAUCAUUAAAUGUAUAAUUAGCUUCAUGUCCGCGUCUCAUGUGAAUCAUUCUCAUUUUAUUUUACCUUGUCAUUAUUUACUCCUUUGUUCCUGUUUAACACAGCACUGCUGGACCAU